GUUGUAUUACUUUCUAGAGGGUACCACUGAUUUUAAAAUUCCAGUAUGGCCGGAAGUUUUAUAUCGAAUUUUAAAUGUCACAAUUUAAUGGAAAAAAUCGUGAUAAUGCAAGUGAUUUCAAAUUGUGUUUUUUGCAUUUAAUCUCGUAAUUGUUUAAUUCUGACGUAAUAGAAAUUUCACGUAACGGUAAUGAUUAAAAACAUCUUUAAUAUUAGAUUUUGUCAAAAUAAUAUAUUUAAGAACAUAUUGUUACAAAAAAUGAAUAAUAUAACCCAAACAAAACCGAUAGAGUCAUCGAUAAGAAAGAAACUGAAAGAAUCAUUAGACCCAUAUUUCAUUGAUGUCAUUAAUGAAUCUUAUAUGCACAAUGUACCUAAAGGCUCGGAAACACAUUUUAAAGUAAUUGUUGUAUCCGAACAGUUCAACAACAAACCUUUGCUUACGCGUCACCGUAUGGUACAUGAUUUAUUAAAACUUGAAUUACAACAUGAUAUACACGCGCUUUCCAUCAUAGCUAAGACACCUGAACAAUGGGAAGAAAGUGACAAAACUUUAACGUCCAGUCCUGCAUGCAGAGGAGGUUUCGGAAAGUAAUGAUUAUAUUAUAUAUGUAAUAGUACGUAAAAAGAUAGUAUAUAAUAUUUCAUACGAUAAUUGAAAUAUAUAUCUACCAAAUAAAAUUCAAUAAAAUAUAAUUUUAAAGAACAGAUCAUAAUUACUAAAAAAGAAAAAAAAACAAAUAAAACGUAUUAUUAAUGUCAC